CGCCAAUAUUUACCACUUCCUCUGUUGCCCUCGUCAUCCUUCUUCCACUGGACAACAGAUAGGUAAUAUGGCUGCUUUGCUUCUAAAAAUACGCCUGCAUCGCACCUUGCAUAUCUGAUCACCCCCUUCCGGUGCAUUCAUCCGCCCGCCUCAGAGCACCCCAACGCGCUGUAGCCGGCUAAUUCGGGGCGACGGCAGCAAAAACCCUGACAUCACCAGCACAGUUCGUCAACUCGCCCGUUCCCUUUUUUCCCGUUUUGCUUUUCUACAAUACCGUUUUCGUUUUCCCGGACCUGCGUAAGCUAUUACUAGUACUGAUACUGCUGCUAUUUGCCUUUUUGUUCUUUAAUUGUCGACUUGGCCUCGUCGUUUCUUCAUCGGCGUUUAUACACUGCGGAUAGUUCGGAUCAUUAGAGUGUACCAAUAGCACCACCACCACCACUACCACCACCAGCAGACCACUGCCAACGUCAAGGCAUUACGCAUCGCCGUCGAGCCACCACCCAAGGCAAAAAAAAAACACACGACACUGGAAGGCGUUCCAACAGAAUUCGCCCUAUCCGUCUGAGGAUAAAAAACACACGCGAGAGUAUAUAUUAAUCCGACUGGAAGCGACAACCCGACAAGAGGAUCGCCCUCAUACAACCUCACAGCCUUGCUUAUACGUGCUGCUGCCGCUUACACUCUUCGCCCACACACGCCCAGCAUCACCACCACAGCCCGUUCACGAUGCAUUCAGCCAUCGUCCUGGGCCUCGCUCUCCUCUUGGACGCGGCCAAUGCUGCCCCCCAAGCGCAGCCGCGCGUGCUAGCCCUCGACAUUGAGCGUGAUGCUGCCACCCGCCACAUUCAACAGAAACGCUCGUCACCCAUCCAAGCAUCCAUUAGCAAUCAACAAACCCUCUACUUCUUCAACGUCAGCGUCGGCACGCCGCCACAACAGGUCCGACUCCCCAUCGACACCGGCAGCUCCGACAUGUGGGUGAACACGCCGACAUCACGGACAUGCACGAUCCAGCACUCGCUGUGCUCAGCAGCCGGCGUCUACAGCCCCAACUCGUCAUCCACAUACAACUACCUCAGCAGCAACUUCAACAUCACCUACGGCGACGGCACCUUUGCCAUUGGCGACUACGCCACCGACACCGUCGCUUUUGGAUCGACAACGCUCAAAGACUUACAGUUCGGCAUCGGCUACAGAAGCACAUCGGCCCAAGGCAUCCUAGGCAUCGGAUACACCGCCAACGAAGCCUCCGUCUCCACGGGCGACGGCAAGUCGUACCAGAACUUCCCGGCCAAGCUAGCCGCGCAGGGCACCAUUGCGUCCAACGCAUACUCCAUCUGGCUCAACGACCUGGCUGCAUCAACGGGCAAGAUCCUCUUUGGCGGCAUCGACAAGGCGCAGUACCAUGAGCCUCUCGUUGCGCUGCCCGUCCAAAAGUCCGCCGGCAACCAGUACAAGGAGUUCCUCAUCACCAUGACGGGCUUUGCCCUCAACGAUACCACCGUCCAGAACGACAUGGCCCUUGCUGUGCUUCUCGACACAGGCACCAGUCUGACAUACCUGCCCAAUAACAUUGUCAGCCAGGUCUACGACGCCCUCGGCGCCACCUGGGACCAGGGCCAGGAGACGGCCUUUGUGCCGUGCCAUCUGGCAAAGUACAACACAACGUUCACCUUUUCCUUCUCGUCGCCGGCCCGCAUCACCGUGCCCAUCUCGGAAAUGGUCAUCAAUGCGACAAACUCGCGCGGCCGCGAGCUCACGUUCACCAACAACGAGGCCGCGUGUAUUCUGGGCAUCUCGCCUGCCGGCGAAAACACCAUGAUUCUCGGCGACACGUUCCUCCGCAGCGCGUACGUCGUGUACGAUCUCGAUAAGAACCAGAUCUCGCUGGCCCAGAGCAAGGUCGGCGCUACCACGGGGUCCUCGACCUCGGAUGUCGUCGAGAUUGGAUCGGCCUCGGCUUCUGUCACAACGGCUGCCACGGCAGUUAGUGCAAAGUCGGGGGUGCCGUCGGCAGAUAGCGGCGCUGCUGUCGUAGAGAAGCGGAUGGGCUUGAUGAUGGGUGCUCUGGCAGCCGCUGUAUACAUUGCAUUGUAAGGCACGUGUGGCUGUGGCUGCGGGUGUAUUUAGGGCAUAUGGGUGUAUCUUUUGUUAUUCAUUACGGCGUUCUAUUUUUGGGAGGGGGUAGCCAGCGAAUCGGUUAUUUCAAUUGCUUUCUGCGGGUGGCUUUACUUUUUUUCUGCUUACGAGAUAUGAAGAUACGGACAAACUUUUAGAUGAAAACUGCUUUUCUUCUUUCUUGGUAUUUCAGUGGCGUACGUAUGUUGUGAACCUGUGUGCAUGCACCUGUCUUCGUUUUUUAGUGAAGAAACUAUCAGUGACAUGAGAUAUCAGAGUUGUGAAUGUGUAUUAUUCCAGCUUCCAUAUACAUAAAUACAAUAUAUAUAAUACAAUUGUCAUAAACGCCUAUGCAUUGUUGUUCCAGCCACUCUCGCCAGUGAGAAACGCCCAUGGGUCGCCGCCCCCUUCUACCAACGGGUUCAAAACGCCGUCUUCUAGUGGCCACAGCGGGCCACUAAUCUUAUCCUGGAACGCCGAAAAGUCAAUUCUGUUUUCCUCUGCCGUGUUACCCAGCCCGGUAGGCGUGUGGCCAGAUGCGUCGCUGCUACUCGAGAGCUCUGCUACCGCGGGAGGCUGUCUGUGUGCCGGUGACGAUACACUCGAUGGCGUCGAUCGAUCGGGAAGUAUAAUGGGAUUAUUGGACGGCGUGAUUCCCGAUGCAAACGUCUCCGUCGUGCUGUCCAUGGUCCAGCCGUUGCUGAAAAAGUCGGCCUUGAGAGCCUCGGAUACCGGUGUCCAGCCUGCUGUUGCCGUUGCUGUUGACGACUCGUUUCGCCGCUUGCGUUUGUGUGAUGGUUCAUCAGGCGCGCUCAUGUUUCGGUUGACUGCGCCCAUCAUGGGCUGGUAAAAGUCGACAUCGAUGGGGUUUGUUGGGGUGGUCGCGGAGCAUCCAGACAUGAGUGGCAGCCGCUGGUUGCUGUACGCCGGUUCUGCCGGGAACGCAGUUCCAAUCGGAUUCCCCAGUGGUAGCUUACCAGGCAGCACAGGGCUGACUGUGCUGUGUUUGGAGAUAUGGCUGCGCGCGACAAGCGGGAUGUUGGCUGAGAACUGGCCCAGGUGCUGCCCAUACUUUUUCAGUGUAGCAAUGUGCACCGUAGUACCAAGGCCAUUGCCUUGAAUAUCGAUACAGGUCUGCUGUAGAAAGGCCUGUGUAAUUCUAUGGUUACGGCUGAUGGCUUCCAUGCCGCGUAUGAUGAUUUCCAGAUUGGCUGAGUCGACGGGAUUUACAACCUUGGUUGGGGUCAUCUUUGCAAUGUAGAUGUAUACCGUAGAUGCGCAGUAUAGUGCUAGUGAACAUAGCGGUGAUCUCUG